AUGAGGACUCUCAAGUCCGUCCUUGCGCCCCUUUCGGCGGUGGUAGUUGCCGCAACCACGUCCGGUUUUAUUUCCAACAUUGCUCUCACUCGGUCUUUUGCGGCUGAAGCCGGUGCCGACGACGUGACACUGGCCGUCCCGGACGACCCAAAUGACCCAGCGGAAGGACACAAGGAUCCCGAAGAGGUGCGUGACCCCUUCGGACAUGGAUGGGAUGACACCGAGUCUCCAUUGUUCGGGCAUUUCGGGAGUAUGGACGCAGAAAACUGGUUCGGGCCGCUUCAAGAGAUGAUGAAGGGCCUCAUGGGAAUGGGUCCUGGAGGUUUCGGAUCACCUUUCUUCGGGGGCGCCUUUGGCGGCGGCUUCCCGCGGCUGCGCUUCCCGAAGCCAAAGACGUCGCUCGAGAAAGUGGGCAGUUGCCGGUACCUCGUUAGCUGGGCCGCCGGCGUCUCGGCGGAGAACGUUCGCGUGAUCCUACACCGCAGGCGUCGGACGGUGGAAGUCCGGUACCGCAUGGUGACUCGCCGCGACGUGAAGACAGAUAAGUCCGAGCACCACAGCGUGUCUAAGGAACAGUCUUCCCAGACGCUUUCUGUGGAUCGUCAGUGCAUUAUGACAGUCGAGGUCAUUGGCGAGAAGUUGGCAGGCUGGACAGAUAACUCUGCCCAAGCUGCAGGUGGCGCGGCGCACAGGCUGCUCAUUACUUUCCCGUCUCCGGCGCACAUCGAGCAGAUGAUAAAGGAAGGGCACCUGCCUGCAGACACGCUGACACGCAUUGAGAAGGGCGACUUCUCGGGCUUCACUGUGGAGCAGCGAUGCCUCAUCUCCGGCAGGACCCUGGAGGAAUGCAAAUUCGCCAAGGAGCAUCAGGUUGAGCUCGAAGAAAAGGAGACGUCACGCUCCUCCGACGCAAGCACUCAAGACUCGCUGGACCUUCCGCGUUUCUCCCACCACUCCGGCGAUCUCUGA